AUGGUAAAACAGUCUUUUAUCACAUUUGCUGAACAAGCAAGUAGAGCAUCCAGAUCUAUAAAACCGGUGCAACUAUCCUACAGAAAUAUGCUAAAGGAUCCAUCUUCCAAAUAUAGACCCUUCCCAGCUCCAAAACUACCUCAAAGGAAAUGGCCAAACAACUCCAUUACAAAGGCUCCUCGUUGGUUAUCAACAGAUUUAAGAGAUGGGAACCAAUCACUACCUGAUCCAAUGUCAGUGGACCAAAAAAAGGAAUAUUUCCAUAAACUAGUCGACAUAGGUUUCAAAGAAAUCGAAGUGUCAUUCCCAUCCGCAUCUCAAACUGAUUUCGAUUUCACAAGAUACGCUGUAGAAAACGCACCAGAUGAUGUCAACAUCCAAUGUCUAGUCCAAUCUCGUGAACAUCUAAUUAAAAGAACAGUAGAAGCACUAACAGGUGCUAAAAGGGCUACCAUUCACACUUACCUUGCUACAAGUGAUAUGUUCCGUGAUAUAGUCUUCAAUAUGUCUCAAGAAGAAGCAGUAGCAAAAGCUGUAGAAGCUACAAAACUAGUCCGGAAAUUGACCAAAGAUGAUCCUUCACAACAAGCCACUAAUUGGACUUACCAAUUCUCACCAGAAUGUUUCAGUGAUACCCCAGUCGAAUUCGCAGUAGAGAUUUGUGAAGCUGUCAAAGCCGCUUGGGAACCAACAGUUGAAAAUCCAAUCAUUUUCAACUUGCCCGCUACCGUGGAAGUGGCAACCCCAAACGUUUACGCUGAUCAAAUUGAAUAUUUCGCUACUCAUAUUACUGAACGUGAAAAAGUUUGUAUCUCUACUCAUGCGCAUAAUGAUCGUGGUUGUGGUGUAGCUGCCUCUGAAUUGGGUAUGCUUGCUGGUGCUGAUCGUGUCGAAGGAUGUCUUUUCGGUAAUGGUGAACGUACUGGUAACGUUGACUUGGUCACGGUCGCUUUAAACAUGUAUACUCAAGGUGUUUCACCAAAGCUAGAUUUCUCAGAUAUAGAAUCCGUUUUAGAAGUUGUAGAACGUUGUAAUAAGAUUCCUGUCUCUCCAAGAGCACCUUACGGUGGUGAUUUGGUCGUUUGUGCAUUCUCUGGAUCUCAUCAAGAUGCUAUUAAGAAGGGGUUCGCUUUGCAAGAAAAGAGACGUGCUAAGGGUGAUACUCAAUGGAGAAUCCCAUAUUUACCAUUGGAUCCAAAGGAUAUCGGUCGUGAUUAUGAAGCUGUUAUUAGAGUUAACUCACAAUCUGGUAAAGGUGGUGCCGCUUGGAUUAUCUUGAGAUCUCUAGGUUUGGAUGUUCCAAGAAAUAUGCAAAUACAAUUCUCUACUACUGUACAAGAUACAGCUGAUUCAUUAGGUAGAGAAUUGAAAUCUGAUGAAAUCACUAAAUUGUUUAAGGAAACUUAUAACUACAACAAUGAAGAAUACAAAUACGUUUCUCUUGUCGAUUAUAAUGUCGAAAAAGUUGAUUCUGAAUUGAGAACUUUGACUGGUCAAGUGGAAAUCAAUGGUCAAAUAGUUGAUAUUAAGGGUAACGGUAACGGUCCAAUUUCUUCUUUGGUCGAUGCCUUGUCUAACUUGUUGAAUGUGAAAUUAGCUGUCGAAAACUAUACAGAACAUUCCUUAGGAUCAGGGUCUGCCACUCAAGCGGCUUCCUACGUUCAAUUGCGUUACAGAAAUGAUACCGAUAAUGAAUUGACUUACAAAUGGGGUAUUGGUGUGUCUGAAGAUGUGGGUGAUUCUUCUGUUAGAGCUAUCUUCUCAACGGUUAACAAUAUAAUCAACUCUGGAGAUAUCUCCGUUCCUAAUGUUGAGAACAAAAAGUCUGCUGCUUCUAAUUAA